AUGCAAAUUAUUUCAUUACUGUUCAACUUCUCUGUCCCACGAACGCACCCUUGCCGCUACUCCGCCCGUCUCGCCUACACCGUUCCGCCCAUCUCGCCUACGCCGCUCCUCACAGAUCCACCGUCUCCUUGCAGAUCCGCCGCCGGCUGCACGAAGACGAAGACGUUUCCCGCAUUAUACCCAAGAUCUUGGACAGUAUAUGAGGAACCUGAUCCAGCAUUGAAAAUAGUUUGUCGCCAGAUCUCAUCUGUUAUACCCCAUAACUACAAGGAGAGUAGUUAUCCUUUUAUUCAAAUAAUAAAUACUGCCUCAAAAGAUUUCACCUUGCUUUUCACAUGGGUUAAUUCUAUUGGAGGGCAAUCUGAAUUUACUGGUCAUCACUUCAACUCAAAGAUAAAGAGGCCUGAUGGCGUGCAUGGUGUGCUUCUACAUCACAAGACUGCAAAUGAGCAAUCCCUGCUCACAUUUGCAAUUGCAGCAGAAAAGACUGAAUAUGUUCAUAUCUCAGAAUGCCCUGUCUUUGUUAUAGCCGGUUCUCACAAAGGCAUCUCCGCGAAGGACAUGUGGCAUGAAGUUAAAUAG